AUGAGGACAAGCGGCGGCGUGGUGUGCUGGGUGGCGGUGUGUGCCUGCCUGGUGGUGCAGCUGGCGGCAGCUGCCGAGGAACAGCAGAGGCAGAUCCGGCUGGAGGACAUUGAGCGCGACACCCUCAGCAGCGCCAAGGAGAGACAUGAAGACUUCACUGAUCCCUAUCAUGCAGUUCAUGCUUUCAUGGUGUCAGCUAGUGUGGCAACACAGGUCCAGCAGGUGCCACAGCAGCAGCAGAUCCCCCUGGGCUACGCGCAGCUAGCGGAGCUGCAGCAGCAGCAGCAGCAGCUGUUCAGCCCAGCCACACUGCAGCAGCUGGCGGCCGCCUACCAGCCGCAGGUGGCACAACACGUCCCCGCUGCAGCGGCCGCACAGGCGCCGCAGCUGCCAGGACAGCAGCUACUCUACGUGUCGCCCGCACAGGCACAGCAGCUACAGCUGCAGGCACAACGGCAGCUGCUGGGUGGGGCGGCAGGUGCCGGCCUCCCCGUGUCUGCGUUCUACCAAGCACAGCAGCAGCCGGCAGCUGCAGCUGUGACCGCUCUCCAGUACCAGCCAGCUGCUGCUAUCCCAGGAGCUGCGCUGGCAGGCGCCGCCUACCCGCAGCAGUACCUGCAGCAGUUCGCACAGGCGCCCGUUGUCAACAUCCCGGCACAGAGGGCGCAGUACAAGCUGCAGCAGCAGCUGCAGCAGCAGGCCAAGCCCGACUACAACGCGCUCGCCCAGCAGCAGGUGCAGCAGCACCUGAAGAGCGCGCACGUCAAAUCCACGGCUGCCCCUCCAGCCAAGCAGCAGCAGCAGAGCCAGAGCGGUUUCGUGCCCAUCCAGGCCCCCACCCUGAGGCACCCAGGCAGGGGGGUCAGCUUCAGCCACUACCGCCAGGGUGCUUAA